AUGCUUCCCAAAGUCAAUCUUCAUCUCAAAACACAAGGAAUCAAUUCAUCAAUGUAUGCAUCUCAAUGGUUUAUGACAUUAUUCGCCUACAAGUUUCCGCUUUCUCUUGUAUUCCGGAUAUAUGAUACUAUAUUCACUGAGGGAGUUGAAGCUCUAUUCCGAUUCUGUAUUGCCUUGCUCAAAAAGAACGAGGUUGCUAUUCUCGGGAUGGAGUUCGAAGCUUUGCUCGAGUUUCUUAAGAGUGGUUUAUAUAACAGCUAUGCGAUCAUUCCUACUGGUGUCCUUGCUAAAGAAGUUGUCUCUGAGCAUCAGUACGAUGCGAAUGAGUUUGUUAAGGAUGCUUAUUCGAUCAGUAUUACAAUGAGAAGACUAAACAAGUAUCAGAAACAAUAUUAUGCAAUACAAGAGGCAGAAAGACAGAGACAAGCAGCUGAAUCGUCAGCAUUAGAACAACUGAGAAUAGCCAACAAUCAUCUCUCCAAUCAAAUUAAACAGCUGGAAGCCAGUUUACAGACAAUUAAUAGAGAACACAUCGAAUUAGCUAACCUACACGUGAGCAAUAAGGUAGAAUUAGCUCAAGUCAAAGAUGAGAAUGAUGCGCUGCGCCAAACAGUCGCUGAUCUUCGUUUGGCAUUAGAUAAUGCGCCUGCAGCGAUAGAGGAAAAGCUACGUGCCGAGAUGGAUUCACUAGCGAAGAAGAACGUUGGGCUUGUUACACAAAACAAUAGGCUGGAAGAUCAGUUAGCUACUACUGAGAGUAUGCUUAUUGAAUAUAAAAUGCGAUAUGCAGAAAGUGAGAAUGAACGAGAAGCCUUACGGCGUAAGUGGAAUGACCUCAAAAGGGCGCUUAACUGA